UGACCAAAAUGGCGGACUCAACGCCGGAACUUGUCGAGGGCUGUCGUCUUCCCGUGCUGAGAAAAAAUCAAGAAAACGAAGACGAAUGGCCAUUAGCUGAAAUUCUCAGUGUCAAAGAGGUCCCUGGAAAAAAGCUCUACUAUGUUCACUACAUUGACUUUAACAAGAGGUUGGAUGAGUGGGUCACUCCGGACCGGCUGGACAUGAAAAAGCUCCAGUUCCCUAAAAAGGAGGCAAAGACACCCACGAAGAACGGCCUGCCUGGCUCUCGGCCCAGCUCACCAGAGCGAGAUGUGGUAAGAGAGGAGAGGAAAAGUCUAGAUCUCAACGUUCAACCUGCUUCAGCACCUUCCAGAGGCAAAACCCUUCCCACACCGAAGAGGAAAGCAGAAUCAGUCUCCUUAGCAUCGCAAGUUUCUGCUGCGACAUCAGUGCCUUCACUUCCAAGUUCAGCAGAGGUCUCGCAGGCGUCUGUGUAUCCCACAGUCCGGGAAACUUUCAGUACCAAAGCCAGAGAAGAGCAUGAGCCGCUUACCUCUCUCACCACGGUAACACCUUGCCCAAGUGCUCUGUCUCUCUCUACUCUGGCAUCCCCUCACAUCCUAUUGGACAAUUCCAUGCAAAGAUCAGCCAUGCCCUGGGAAACAAAAAAUGGCACAGCGCGCCGACUCAUUCCGUCUCAGCCUGGCCGGAAGAGGAAAAACUGUGGCACUGAUGAGAUGAUAAAGGUAUUCCAGUAUAACAGCCCUCGCAGCGCCAGUGGCUUUCUGCCGCCGGGAGAGGACUCACAGGAUAGCUCGGAUGGUAUCCCCUCCGCCCCACGGAUGACCGGAAGUCUGGUGUCCGACCGCAGCCACGAUGACAUCAUCACGCGCAUGAAGAACAUCGACUGCAUUGAGCUAGGACGUCAUCGGCUCAAGCCCUGGUACUUCUCUCCGUACCCGCAGGAGCUGACCACACUGCCCAUCCUCUACCUCUGCGAGUUCUGCCUCAAGUACCUCAAAAGCCUAAAGUGUCUACAGAGGCAUUUGACAAAAUGCAAUCUCCGACAUCCUCCAGGAAAUGAAAUCUACCGCAAGGGGACUAUAUCCUUCUUUGAAAUUGACGGCAGGAAAAACAAGACAUAUUCACAGAACCUGUGUUUAUUGGCAAAAUGUUUUCUGGACCACAAGACCCUGUACUACGACACAGACCCCUUCCUGUUCUAUGUAAUGACUGAGUAUGACUCCAAGGGCUUCCAUAUAGUUGGCUACUUUUCUAAGGAAAAAGAAUCGACUGAGGAUUAUAACGUGGCCUGUAUUCUGACUUUACCCCCAUAUCAGAGGAGAGGCUACGGCAAACUGCUGAUUGAGUUUAGCUAUGAACUUUCUAAGGUUGAAGGUAAGACAGGAACCCCAGAGAAGCCCCUAUCUGAUCUGGGCCUGCUCUCUUACCGUUCCUAUUGGUCUCAGACUAUUCUCGAGAUCCUAAUGGAGCUUAAAUCAGAUAACGGAGAACGACCGCAAAUCACCAUCAAUGAAAUUAGCGAGAUUACCAGUGUAAAGAAGGAGGAUGUAAUCUCAACCCUACAGUACCUCAAUCUCAUCAACUACUACAAGGGGCAAUACAUUCUCACGCUCUCGGAGGACAUCGUAGAUGGUCACGAACGUGCCAUGCAAAAGCGACACCUUCGUAUCGACCCUAAAUGCCUCCAUUUUACCCCGAAAGACUGGAGCAAAAGGGGCAAGUGGUAGAAAUGCACUCCACUGCAACCUCUGGGACUGAAGCUUGGAGAACUGCAAAGUUUAAUAGACUACAUUUGCAGAAGUCAAUUUUACAAUUUUCCUGGGUCACUUUUUUUUUUUUUUGGGUCCUAAUCGGAGAUGACUUAAAAGACAAAAGAAAUAUAUAUAUUAAAAAAGUUACUGUCCGUUAUUCUAGUGAUCAUGCUAAUGUGACCAUCAGUCUUCAGAUUUGUCCUUGUGUGCCCUUUAAAAAUUUUUUUUCAAAUAGGUGUUUGAGCAGAGCCAAGUGGAUUUGCUUUUUUGAAGUACUUCAGAUUCAUCCACCUUCUCUUUAGAUGCCCUUGGCUUACUGAUCAUCUUCCUUGUUUUGGGUCUUAAUUAAUUUACCACAAAAACUUUUUUUUUCUCGCACCCUUCGACCAGAGUGUCAAAUAAUCAAGUGACUCAGUGACUCAAUCACAGACUUUUUGUUUUUCUACCAGCACAGCCACCUGUGGAUUCUACGCACAAACAACUUAAAGGAAAAGGAUGUUCGUUUUUUAGGAUUUGUACAUAAUAUACACCGUUCUUUUUUUUUUGUAAAGGAUGUUUUUAAACUUGGUAUUGCAUCUCUGUGUGGGGAAAUUACAAAUCUGCAUGGGGAUGUCCGUAACAAUAAGCCAUGUCGAACUGUUACAAGAAUGUAAAUUUGGAUCCAUGUACAGCUGUCGAUCUUUCUUUCUUCUUUUUCUUCUUCUUUUUCCUUUUUUUUAAUGGUAAAAAGAACUGAAUGUAAACCGUGAAACACUCGUGGCAUAGUAUUUUAAUUUAACGUAAAGGCUAUUUUCUGUAAAAUCUCGUCCAUGGUUGGAGAUCUGUAACAUGAAAGAUUUCUAUUAGUGUUUCUUCCCCAGUAAUAUGAACUAUAUUGAUUACAAGGAGUUAGUUUUUUUAUGUAGUGGCAUCAGUGAAAUAUUCUGUUCUCACCUAUUCACACGUUCACUUAAGUGUCAUGUAAUUUCCCUUUACACUCAUCAUUAAACGCCACAAGGUGGAACCACUUUUCAUUGACGGAAUAUAUCUGUCAUUUUAUCACGUGAAAUACCUCUGACUCACUAAUUCAUUAUAAAUAUUUUCAUCUUUAGCCGAU